ACAGCCUGAUCCAGAGCCAGUAUUAGAUUUAAAAAUUUUACAUAUUGAGAAGCUUUUCUUGCUGUAGCAAAAGGAAAAAAAAGCAGACAAGCAAGCAGACCGGGUGCCACGAGGAUAGCAAGAUGAAAGACGCAAAAGAACCGGCGCACAGGGGCUCCCCCAAGUGGCGCGUGGCUGAGGGGACCUCCUUGACCGUGGCCAGCUUUGCGUGGGCUUCCUCAGACGGGAAACCCUGGCUGGCCAAGCCAGGGCCAGGGAGGUGACUGGAGGUGCCGCGACCGUGGGGCUUGGUGGAUGAUGCCGUGUCACCCGAGCCACAGGGCCUGGAAGGCAUAGGCAGGUCUUGGCUGGCUGUGGCACCAGAGGGAGCCCCCCCCCAAUCCUCCUAGGAAGGAGCAGGUGGGUAGGUGGACUGCCUCGGCCGGGGGGGGGGGUCAGAGCCCCGAGUGCCCAUCUGCGUAGUAGUGGCCAGACUUCGGAAGGGAUCCUGGGCUUGGGGCCCCCCUCCUGUUUUGUUGCUGCCGGAGAAGGUCACAGAGGGGCCGGUUUCCUCACCUGGGGGGGGGGCACAGCUGCCCCAGAAAAGAUUCCUGUGGCUCCGCGGGGAACUGGGCUGGAUCAGGCCGGGCGAUGGGCUCGAGGAAAGCGAGGGGUGAGACCUCCCUGGGACACCCGCGUGCACACCUGGUCCAAGCCCUGUCCAGGGCUCAGAGCAGAGAGGGAUCACCCAGGGAAAAAGGGGGAGAGUCACCCGCCGGCCGCUUCAGGCAGAACAGGCGCUCUCUUUCUUGCCCGUUGUAGUCACUGGUGCGCUCACCAACCCAUCUUCUGAGAAGGUGUUCUCCCUUCUUAACCUUUUUUCACCUUGGCUUUCGUGUCCUUGGCGAAGGGAAGGGAAGCUCCUUCUCAGCUGAGAUGACUCUCUCCAUUCUGCAGGCUGCACCUCCUUGUCACGGCCCUAGGCUUUUCUUUUUCUUUUCUUUUUAAAAUCUUCUUAUCAGUGUUAGAAAAACCAGAAACUAAGACCAAGGUCUCCCCAGUUCAUCUGCCCCUCCAAACGUCGGGGCACAGUCAGAGAGCACCUGCUGCGUGCGUGCGUGCGUGCGUGCGUGCGAUGCUACUGACCGGCUCUUUCCUGGAGAGCUGCCCUGGGUUGCUCUCGCUGCUGAAAGGGGUGGGGGAGACUUUCUGUAGAGCCCAGUCAGCCACCGGACCAUGGGCAGUAGUCUAGGGCUCUUCUUCCUCCUUGCCUCCCCCCCCCAAAGCCCCAUUGCCGCCAUCUUCUCCUAUGCAAAUGCCACAGAGAUUGCUUCGUUCCCCUUGCUGUGGGCCAGUUGCCCAGAGAAGGCUCCCUGGGGGUCACGUCCCCUUGCCUUGCAAAAAGCCACCAAGGAGAAAACAAGGGCCCUGCACCUGCAGACGUCCCCGCUCGGGGUCAGAUGGGUUGCUGGGGGCAGCACUCUCCCCCCACCUCCGAAAGGGCUGAAGCCAAGGCAUCAGGACUUGGUUCUACUGGUGCUUGGGGCAGGCGACAGCUCCCCUGGGGCUGCGCUGCUUCCUCUUUUAACCAAGUCUGAGAGAUUGCCACUUGCCAAUAAAACAAAAUUCUUAAAAAAUGCCAGGCAGGCGGGGCAGAGAAGCAAAAGAGGGCCCGGGGCCAAGGCAGAGGCUCUCCUGCAGGGCUGCCCACAGGAGGCCAUCCCUUUGCCAUCGGGCAGGUGCAGUCCCCUUCCCCAAGAGGGAGUGGGGGGGGAGCUGGGGAGUGGGGCUCCCGGACAGCAGCAGCGCUUGCUUGAGCCUUCCUCCCUUCCCCUGGCCGGGCGAGGUGCCGGCCUUCCCUCCCCAGGACUCAGGAUCAUCCCAGGCAGCAAGCAACAGGGCCUCUCCCCCCCCGCCGCCCACCCGCUCAUUGACCCACACAGUCCUUUCUCCAAAGGGACAGGGUCAACUUGCUUUGUGGGUUGGCCGGGGGGGGCGGGGAGCGUGGCCCUCUUCGCCACCCAGUUUUGUGGCUCCCUGGAACAGCUGCAAAUGGGCAGAGGGGAACCAAACCCCACAACGAGGUUUGGCCCUCCGAGGCUCAUCCUGGGCAUGGCAGUGGCCGAAAGGGCCGGCCGCUCCCACGCCCGGCUGGACUCCCCCUGUUGGGGACUCGCCCCCCCACCUCGGGCAGGGGUCCCGCUGAGGUCUGUUUGGACGUGGACCCCUUACCCAAACCAGGAGGGGUAUGCCAUGCGCGUCGAGGGAGAGGAAGGAGCAGCGUAGCCCUUGGGCCUGGGCGAGGGGGGUGGGGGUGCCCGGACUUGGAGCCCCUGGGGGGCUGCCCUGGCUAGAAAGCUGACGCGGGGCAGAUUCAGUCUGGCCCAAUUCAUUUUCAGAGGGGAAGCUUUGCAGCCGCCGUGUGCCCACCACAAUCACUGCCUUCAGGAGAGGCUUUUUCGGGAUGGGGGUUCCAAGUCUCCUCAGGGACCCCUGUGACAUUAGUGGAAACGCGAUCGCUGUUGAAAACAACUUUGGGGAAAGUUGGGUUUUGAGAGCCAUGGGGUCUGAAACCUUUUUGCAUAAUCUCUCUCUCUCACCACCACCACCAUCACCACCACCACCACCAGCAGCAGCCCCUGGUGGUGCUGGGGCUUGGGUGGGUCUGUGCUUGGGUGGCCCUCUCUCCUCCCUGUGCUGAAUGUCGGAAGGAACCGCCUGCUGAGGCCCCCCCCUUUUUUUCCAUGGUGCUAGCAUUGAUGCCUUUCGCCUUGGGUUGAGCAGGGGCCCUGCGGAUCAUCGCAUUGUGCAAGCCCGGGUGGGGGUGGUGGGGGUGGAUAUCUCCUGCCAGUUGGGGAGGGUGGAACCCCCUUUCUCUCAGUCGGGAGGCACCUCAGGACUGUGGCCACUCCGGCCCUGAGCCUGCGCGUGGGCCUUCCUAGGACGAGAAGGGCCGGGAUGUUGUGGCGCAGAUGUUCUUGAGAGAGACCCUCUUGAGUGGAAGAAAGACCAGAGGCGCUGGACCCCCCACCCCCUCCGGCUGCGUCGC